GUAAAACUCCAGUCAACAACCGAGAUGGACACUACCAAAGACGCCUGACAGUUUCUAUCUUUAUCCUUAUUUGUUAUUUGAAAUGUUUCGCGUUAUCUGGUGAGACACAGGUCCAGUUGUGAAAAUGGAGGCGAUGGAAGAUGAUAGUUUGGACAUAAAAGACGAUCAUAAUCACAACUAUUGUGCGAGCAGCAGCGGCAGUAAAGUCCGCACGUAUCUUAGCAGCCGCCUGUCGGAUGUAACCACGGUCCCGCAGCCAAUCUGUCCACCGGUGCCGGGCGGGGAACCGGGGGCUCGACGGGGGAAGCGGAGGACCGGCGGCGGCAGCAGCAGCACCGGGGGGUCAAAGUUCGUGGACUCGGAUUCAGGGAGCGAGAGCAGCGAGGUCAGCGAGGCGGACUGCACGGCUCCGCCAGCGGCUGCUGCUGCCACCGCCGCCGAGGGAAAAUUCACCCUCGAUUCUACUUCCAAGUUCCUCCUCAAUGCAAUGGCAGUAGAAGACUACCGCAAAAACCACUGGCCAAACCUGGAGAUGGCAAUUGACCGACUGCUGAUUCAGAACCCCACAGACCACAUCUCUGUUUCUUAUGCACAGAUAUACAGUUAUGUCUACAAGUGUGUCUGCCAGCAGCACUCUGAGCUGCUCUACAACGAUUUAACAUCAAAAAUAACAAGUCAUCUGCAACAUGUUUCCACCCAUCUACAAGCCAGCCCUCCUGAAAACUUCGUUGAGAACUUCAACGUUGCACUGACUCAGUACACAGCCUCUCUUCAAUGCAUCGUUCCUGUAUUUAUGUACUUGAACAAGUUCUACAUCGAGUCAAAGCUGAACAGAGACCUGAGGGAGGAUCUGAUGAAGCUGUUUGCCGAUCACGUUGCAGAAAAACAUGUCAACACACUGAUGCCUCUUCUCAUCGAAGCCCAUUCCAUGCCUUUUCAAGUGCAGCCAUCCACAAUGGCCAGUGUGGUGAAGGGCCUCUACAGCCUCCGACCAGAGUGGGCCCAGUUAGCCCCAGCUCUCUUCUCCGGGUUUAUUCCCCAGAUCAACCCUCCGGCUGUGGAGUCUCUGCUGUCUGACUACGCCGCUCACGACCAGAAGCUGCAGAUGGAACUCUCCAUGAACGGAUUUCCACGAGGUGACCAGUCUCGAAAGCGUGCCAGCGAUGACUCCUGAUAGCUGAGCCAGAUCCAUUGCGGAACUAUAACUGUGCCUCUCCUCAUCUUUAUCACAACAAGUUGGCUCACUGCUGCACUAGAUACAAUAUUAACAAUGUCUCAUCUCUCUGGACUCAAGGUCACAAAACACUGUGAACAACAACGAGAACGCGAUGUUGGUUUGUCGAGCAGAAGCUUAAACUUACUGCACUAAGAGGAAAAAAAAAGAAGCAGCACACAGACUUCCAUUAUGGUGCUUUCCUCUGUGAUUAUGAUGCAUCCAGCUUCAGUAUUUGUCGGAUGCUAUAGACAUUUGUUUCCCCUCGUUCUCCUCGUUUGAAGAGUGCCUUCGUGGUGUCUGUUGGCUGAUGGUGGAUGUUUCAUUCCUAACCUUUAACAUGGAAGUGUCUUGUGUGGUUUUGGUAAGACUGGGCUAAUCAAGACUUUCUAUUGCUGCUAAUAACAUAAUACUGUCUGUGUGUUGAUACUACAAACCCCUUGGUUUCACCCUCUUUUCCCACCAACACGGAGCGGGUUCUGGUCUGGUUUGUGCACUUAAAUUUGAACUGUUCAGAGCAUUUCGACCAAAAAAUAAACUGGUUCUGGACCUGAAAAGAACCAAGAACACCGCAGGUUUUAAAGUGCAAACCGUGACGAGAAGAAUCCAGAACAGAACCGGGUCAAGAACCAGAGCUAGGUUGGUGGAAAAGGGAGGGGAAUCUGUGUCUGUAACCCAGUGGAAAGAAAUGGAAACUAAGUCAUUGACCUCUCUUCUUCAUGUUGCCUUUACUGUGUUGGUAAACCGGAUUGUAUUUUCCAGUUAUGCCAAAGAGGAUUUGCAGUUUUUUUUUUUCCCUUCUUCUUUUUUUAAAAUAUAUAUAAUACAUUAGAUUUAAGCUGACGUUGUUAGUGUUGUACGUGGUCUGAGUCACUGAGCCAUUCAGUUUUUUAUACUAACAGGUUUUCAGUUUUGGUUGACCCUAACUUUAAAUACUGUUUGUUUUUAGCCUUGCAUGUAGGACUGGCAGGGAUUGCCACGCAGGACAUUACAUUACACAGAGUGCCAGAAACCUUAGACAACAACAGAGUCGUGUUUGAGCCUUUCCUAAAUGUACAAAUAACCUAAAUCGUCCCUUAACUGUAAAUAUACUGAAUCUGUUGCUUCAUGGAUUUAAUGAAACAAAUGAUAUGCAAAGGUUGUUCUAACAUGUAUCACCUGUUCAUGAUGUAAAUAUAUAUUUUUUGUCUUUG